AUGAAAAUUUUCACAACUUAUUAUAAUUAUCAUUUGAACUUCUUUUUUAUCAUUUUAUUAUCAUCAUUUUCUCUUACAGCAUUAACUCCACUUCCUAACAGAAGAAACCUACACCAACCGUUUUCGUUUCCGGUGAGUUCUGCUCCGCCGCCGGAGAUAUCACCUCCUCCGCCUCCGGAUACAACUCCCUCCUCCCCCGACAUUCCAUUUUUUAAUGAGUUAACGCCACCACCGCCUCCGGUGGAAAACAACCAGAAUGUACCUUCUUCAUCCUACAACGGUACGAUUGCAAAUCCGACGGCGACGAAACCUGAAGAGCCUGCUAAGAAAGUUGCGAUUGCGGUUUCCGUUGCAUUUUCGUUGUUUGUGAUGUUCUCUGUAGUCGCUUUCUUUUUGUAUAAGCAGAAAACUAAACCUUCACCGGAAUCAGAUAAAAUGAAACUCGUCGGUGAGAAUUCUCAAAGAGUUCUAGAAGAUUCCACCAUGGCUCCACAACAGCCUUCAAGUUUCCUCUACAUUGGAACUGUUGUGGAACCUAACGGAACGUCUGUAGGUGUAGCUAACCCUCACAAGAUUAACCGUUACCGGCCGAGUCCCGAGUUGCAUCCAUUGCCGCCUCUCACGAAGUGUCUCGUUGUGGACAGUCACUCGCCACCGGCGGUUUCCUCGUCGUCUUCGUCGGAGACGGAGUUUCAUUCGCCGCAGGAGUCUUCUUCUCUUAAUCUCAGCCGUGAAAAUAGCUAUUACACGCCGGUUUCGCGUCAGAGUUCUCUUGCUAACGGAAGCCCUAUCGCGCCGGUUUCGCGUCAGAGUUCUCUUGCAAACGGAAGCCCUACCGCGCCGGUUUCGCGUCAGAGUUCUCUUGCUAACGGAAGCCCUACCGCGCCGGUUUCGGUUUCUCCGGUGGUUCCUUUUUCGAAGCGAACUUCUCCGAAAUCUCGAUUAUCUGGUUCUUCGCCGGAUAUCAGACACGCGAUGAUACCUUCCAUUAAGCAAGUUGAGAAAGAAGCGACGUUAUGCGGUGGUGGUCCUUCUAGAAGACCAAAAUUCUCAUCGCCGCCACCAGCGCCUAAUUUGACGCAUCUUCAUUCAAAUGACCUAAGAGAUUCACUUAGUUUACCUCCUCCACCUCCACCACCUCCUCCGCCGAGAAAUUUCCGGUCGCCGAUAGUUAGUGCUUCUCCUUCUUCUGCUUCACGAAAGUAUCAAUGGACUCAGCCACGAAGUCAUGGAGAGGAUUCUGCAUCUGGUAACAGUUUGAGUGUCAAGAAAGUUUCCAAGGAAGAUGAUGAAAUUGAAAUGGAUGGAGGAAAACCUAAGUUGAAACCUCUGCAUUGGGAUAAAGUGCGUGCUACUUCAGAUCGUGCUACUGUAUGGGACCAAUUAAAAUCGAGCUCAUUUCAGUUAAACGAGGACAUGAUGGAGACUCUGUUUGGUUUUAAUUCAUUGAAUUCUGCACCUAAACCUAAAGAAAUGUCUGUUAACAGGAAACCAGUUUUUGCCGCGGUUGUGCAAGAGAAUAGGGUGUUAGAUACAAAGAAAUCCCAAAACAUAGCUAUACUACUCAGGGCAUUGAAUGUCACAAGAGAUGAGGUUUCUGAAGCUCUUUUAGAUGGGAAUCCUGAAGGUUUGGGUGCUGAGUUAUUGGAAACUCUAGUGAAGAUGGCUCCAACGAAGGAGGAGGAAAUAAAACUAAAACAUUGUGACGGUGAUCUUUCAAAACUUGGGCCUGCAGAAAGAUUUCUUAAAGCAGUGCUUGAUGUCCCUUUAGCUUUCAAAAGAGUUGAAGCCAUGCUAUACAGAGCUAACUUUGAAGCAGAAGUUAACUACCUUAAGAAAUCCUUUCAAACCCUGGAGGCAGCAAGUGAGGAACUAAAGAACAGCCGGUUAUUCCUCAAACUCCUUGAAGCUGUUCUCAGGACAGGAAACAGAAUGAAUGUUGGAACCAAUCGCGGUGAUGCUAAAUCUUUCAAACUAGAUACACUACUGAAACUUGCAGAUAUAAAAGGAACUGAUGGAAAGACCACAUUGCUCCAUUUUGUUGUUCAAGAAAUUAUUAGAUCUGAAGGUACAGGCGAUGAAUCUGCAAAUGAGAAUGUUCAAAACCAAACGAAUUCCCAGUUCAACGAGGAUGAGUUCAAAAAGAAAGGAUUACAGGUUGUGGCUGGAUUGAGUAGAGACUUUGGUAAUGUAAAAAAGGCAGCAGGAAUGGACUCAGAUGUCUUAAGCAAUAUGCAAGGGAACUUCUUUAACUCUACAGAGAUAUUUAUGAAAGAUGCUGAAGAGAAAAUAUUAAGGAUCAAAGCUGAUGAGAUAAGGGCCUUAUUCCUUGUGAAAGAAGUUACAGAAUACUUUCAUGGGGAUACCACAAAGGAAGAAGCCCACCCUUUCAGAAUUUUUACGAUUGUAAGAGACUUCCUAAAUAUUUUGGAUCAAGUUUGCAAAGAAGUGGGAAAGAUGCAGGAUAGAACUGCAACCAGUUCAUCCAGAUCGUUUAGAAUAGCCGCAAGUGCAUCGCUACCUGUUCUGAACAGGUACCGUGCCAGACAAGAUACAAGUUCAGAUGAGGAAAGUUUAUCACCCUAG